UUGUGUAGUUGAAGUUUUUCUCCUCAAUUCCAAACAUCUAUCUCCCAGCGGGCUACUUGUGGUGUAUCCCUUGAUCUGCUCUCUCCUCUCUAACUCGUGAAGAACUUGAGCCAUAAUUGGACUCAAGUGAGAUCGGAAAGCUCUCACACUUCCAGGGAAGUUUCUGAAUUGGAGAUUGACGAUGGUCUAUGAUUCAACAUUUUAUAAGCCUUAUCAGGCAUUUCUGGAUGAGGAGUGGGAUGACCUACAGACAUUCUUCACAAAAGAAAAUCCUUGCGCUUUGUCAUAUCUUCUAACGGCCGCCAUGGACACUGCAUUUCACUUGGCAGUUUUCAGCAAUAGUAAACAGCCGCUUGAAUAUUUACUUAAUAUUGCCAAAGAAAACCUUAUGUCAAGGUAUACAUAUUUGGAGAGGAAUGAGUACGGAGACACGGCUCUUCAUGUGUGGCUGCUGCCUACGGGAACCUUGAGGCGGUAGCGCUCUUGGUGGAAUACGAUAAAAAGCUCUUUGGGAAUGAUAAACAUACUGAGUUCCUUGAGGAUAUUAAUGAUGAAGGCGAAACCGCGCUGUUUAAAGCUGCUGCAUAUGGGAGAACAAAAGUGGUGAAGUUUUUAGCUUCAGAGUCAUCAGAACAACUGAUCAGAGUAACAUAUAAUGAAAUUACAGAAACAGGAGAAAUGAAAAUAGUUACACAGCUGAAAGACAUUCACCGCCAAAAAAUAACCCAUAUCAAGGAAAAGGCUAAACCGGUCUACACCCCUAGAAGAAAAAACCAUAGAACUGCAAGGAGCUUCCAUUAUUCUGCACGUUGCAUCUGAGCCUUCCAAACCGCCUACACCCCCAGCAGAAAAAACCAGUGAAGUGCCUGGAGCCUCCAUUCUGCACGCUGCCAUCCUAGGGGAGAAUUUUGAAACGGCUCUACUGUUAUUGAAACUGGAUAAAAGCUUAGCAACAUUGGAGGACGAAAAGGGCUGGACCAGUCUUCACCUGCUAGCCAGUAUGCCCUCUGCUUUCAAAAGUGGAUACCGAAUGAGCACAUGGAUCGGCAGAGUCUUCUACUGCUGCCUUCCGAUCAAUGAUCGUGUAGCUGAUGAUGAUGAGAAGGGGAGUUGUUUUGAUGACGUCAAAGGCCUUCGUUUUGGCGAUGAUGUAGAAGAUAAAGAACUUUGUUGUUUAAAUCUCUUCAAAGGGUGGUGGAUACUGGGAAAAAUCUAUUCACCAGCGAGAAAAAUCUGUGAAGCUAAGAGAAAGCAUAAACUUGCUUUUAGACUUACCAAGAGCCUAAUAGCAGAACAUGAUUUUUGGAUUCGAGAUGUCAUGCCAACUGAUGAUAAUGAGCAAGGAAAUUGUAAAGAUUUUAAGCCAAGCCCUUUAUUUAUGGCAACUGAAAGAGGAAUAGUAAAGAUUGUCAAAGAGAUAAUUAAAAUAUGUCCCCAAUUAGUUGAGUAUAAGAAUCAUCUAAAGCAGAACAUAUUGCAUGUGGCCAUUAAGCACCGUCAAAAGAAGAUAUUCGAUCAUGUGAAAACGAUGAAGAUACCCAUGACAAGGUUAGUCCGAGGGAUUGACAAAAAUGGCUACACCAUUUUGCACCAUGCUGCAAAUACAAGGGAUGACACUAGAGAAAUUCACUCUGCAGGACCUGUAUAUGAACUGCAGGCUGAGCUAAAGUGGUACAAAGUAAGCCCAUCUUUCUCCUACUUUAAGAAUUUUAAUCAUGUAUGGAUUAAAAUAUAA